CGUCACUCCAUUUCCAGGCGGCGGCGGGUCAGUUCGGCGGUAGGCCGCGUGUGAGGGCUUCCCUUCUCUUCCUUCUUCCUGCCUUCCUUCUUCGGUUCCUUCGCUGGCGGCGAUGGCGGUGCGGGCCAGCUUCGAGAACAACAACGAGAUCGGCUGCUUCGCCAAGCUCACCAACGCCUACUGCCUGGUGGCCGUCGGGGGCUCCGAGGGUUUCUACAGUGUAUUUGAAGGAGAGCUUUCUGAUACCAUCCCUGUAGUCCAUGCUUCUAUUGCCGGAUGUCGAAUCAUUGGCAGAAUGUGUGUGGGGAACAGGCAUGGAUUGCUAGUUCCAAAUAACACCACAGAUCAAGAACUUCAGCACAUUCGAAAUUGCCUUCCAGACUCAGUGCGAAUCCAGAGGAUAGAAGAGCGCCUCAGUGCCUUGGGGAAUGUCACUACUUGCAAUGACUAUGUAGCACUGGUUCAUCCUGACAUUGACAGAGAAACAGAAGAGAUUUUAGCAGAUGUACUGAAAGUGGAAGUAUUCAGACAGACUAUAGCCGAGCAGGUCCUGGUAGGAAGUUACUGUACUUUCAGCAACCAAGGAGGACUGGUGCACCCCAAAACGUCCAUUGAAGAUCAGGAUGAGCUCUCCUCAUUGUUGCAAGUCCCACUUGUGGCUGGGACUGUUAACCGUGGCAGUGAGGUGAUUGCAGCUGGAAUGGUGGUGAACGAUUGGUGUGCCUUCUGUGGCCUAGACACAACCAGCACAGAGCUCUCUGUUAUUGAGAGUGUUUUCAAACUCAAUGAAGCCCAGCCAAGUACCAUUGCCACAACUAUGAGAGACUCUUUAAUUGACAGCUUAACAUGAUGUUCUCCCUGGCAACUGUAGAAGCUCUGCAGUAGUGAAAACGUCUGAUCGUAAUCAAAACAUUUUCCUGAAGUAAAUAUUUUCUUUAAAACUCCUGCAACCCCAGGACAGAAGGACUAUAUCACAAUCUGCUUCAGAACCAUAUUGUCAUAAACUUCUUUUGGCAAACUUUGAA